UCCGGAUCAUUUUUCAAAACAACUCGAGCUUUCCUAUCCAAUAUCUACAUGCCACCGAAGAGCAAGAAGCCUAAGACAAUCCUAGAGGACCUCGAGUGGACUGGAAGCCAAGAUAAUGAUGGCAGUGAUGAUGGACAGCAAGCAUAUCUGGAAUUAUUCAUGAAGAUAGAGGCGGACAAAGCAAAAAAGAAGAGACAACAAGAGCUACAGCUUUUGACGACAUCAAGGAAAAACCUCGACAGCUGCCUCGUAGAGGGUGCAAAAUCGAUGAAUGAGGUUUACUUCAACCUUCAACACGAAAUAAAAGGCAUGCUAACAGAGUAUGCAGAGAUAGACGAUUCGAUAAGGAAGUUAUGGGUAGCGCUGAUGGAGGAACAGAAGACCUACGUGGCCCUCUGCGAAGCACAGGACGGGGAGUUCGACAAGAUUCGGGAGGAACGCGAUGAAGGGCAUGAUUCAGCUCUGCGAUCAAUGAAGUCCGCUUGUCAAGAACAAUCGAGAGCCAUUGAACACAUCAGCGGCCCAUUCCCAUAAUUUGAUUCAAGAUCUUUUGCUCGCUGGGGCGUCGUUCAGACUUCGUAACCGUCAGGCCUAAACCUGUUCCUCCGCGCAAUAUGCAGCGUAAUAUUAGAUAGAGUGUCUGCCGCACCCGUACCGUUGAAUCAAUGAUCUUGAGUGGGAAUGUGAGAAUGACUCUGGAUCAUGUAAGCAAGACUGAGUCGGCCAUGAUUCUUCGCCUCAAGUUAUAUCGGACGGUGAGUUCAUGGCUACCAGCCUUUUUUGACACGGGGGUGCACGCGUGUUGGGUCAGGCUUGCCGCAGUCACGCCAUUUUGAACU